CCAUCUCUAUCUCCAUCUUCGCCACGUCUCCUUCUCGCCUCUGUUUCCCCCUCUCAUAUAGACAAAGAACACAAAGCAGAGAGAUAGGUCUCUCCGAGCUGUCUCGAUCUCCCCGGCGAAAGACCUCUGACGACGCUGAUCCCGCCGUUGUGAGGUAUGUGUACCCCGAUCCCGAGCUCUUUGUGUCGGUCGUGGUGCUUGCGCUGAGUUCUUUGUGGUUCCUUCUCGAUGACCUUUUACUGCUUGUUUGAUCAAUGUAGUGAAAGAUUUGUUUUUGGAGAUUGUUCUGAUUGACUCGGAAUAAAGUGAAGAUUUUUAUGGUUUUCUUCGGUCGAUUCUAUUGCUUGCAUCUUUGAAUCCAUGGUAAGUGGGUGAGUGGAAUGGGGUUGUCGUGAUCUCGAGAACUGUUGAGGGAGACAAGGAUGUUUCUUUUAUGGCUAAUCUUUUACGGUCAUCUCUCUUUUAUUCUUCUUUUUUUUCUCUCUCUUGAAUCAGAUUAAAUCUUUCCUUAUGAUUGUGUUUACGAAGAUGGGCUUGAGGAAUCUUCGUUUGAUUUCGUUUUCGGGGAAUGUUUUAGCUCUUUUUGUUGUCUAUAGAAAGUGAGGUGGCUUGGAUAAGUUUAGGACGUAAGAACCAAAGUUGGCUUUGUUACCUCCAAAAUCCUUUCUGCUAAAUGCAUAGUUUUCUGCAACAUAAUGUACAUAUAUUUGACAAAGGCUCACUCUUAUGAAAACUAUCUUUAUUAGAGAAAAGACAAGGUCACUGCUGGCAAAAUUUGUUUUUCUUUUUUGUUGAUUUGAACUUGUUUUUGUGUAUGUGUUAAAGAUGCCAAUGCUUUGACUGAGGAAAUUCUAAUUUUUAAGGCUUUGUUACUUUUAGUGGAUUGAGUCUCUAACCAUGUGACAAUCUUUCUGAAUUAUGUGAUGAAACAGAAACGCUUACUUAUAUAAUAAGCUACUGAUGGCAUUUGUAAACCGUCUAAAAUUAAGAUGCGAAAAUUAUUCAGAGGGUUAUCUCAUCACUCAUUCGUCAAGCUAGAUUGAGAUGAGCAAUAGAUGAAUUUUCUGACAUGAUUGAGAUAAUGACACAAAACUAGUAACUUUUUUAACACCACCACUCCUUUGCCAUCAUCACCCUUGAUUCUAGGGUGCUGGGGACUAUUUGUAUAUGAUUGAAGUGAUUGUCUUACUUCUUUCAAUGCUUUCUUCAAAUGGUUUGUGCUGUAGUAUCAGGUCAUACCUUUGUUUUUUUUUUUUUGCUUGUGUCAACUGGAAAAUAGAUUUCUUUUCAUUUCUGAGUUAUUUUGUGCAAAUAUAAAUAUCUGUAAGAUUCUGAUGUUACUUAGAUUGGUUUGAUUUUCAUUGAGAUUUUGUUUCUCCAUGCGAAAACUUCGCAUGUAAGUUCAUAGGAAUAAAAAUGAUGAUGAUGACUAGGUGAUGAAUCUUAUUGCUUGAGUUUGCAUCAAUAAGAAGUUAAUGUUGUUGAUGGGAAAUAAUUCCUACCAGGAUUGUAAGGUUUCCUUAUAUUGGAUAUGACAGAAUUAGUGUGAUGAAGGGCCUGUUCAUGACGGAACUAAAAAGAAGAAUAUAUAUAUAUAUAUAUAUAUAUAUAUAUAUGUGUAUAUAUAUAUUAUAUAAUUUCAGAUGGAGACUGGGAGAAAGAGAGAAAGGGAAGAUGAUAAACUCGGAGACGAAGGUUGUGUACCUUCUCAUGGGUGCAUAUAGAUGAUGGAAUCCUACCAUCUAAAAGAAAUGUAGUGUUAUCACUACGGAUGAGAAAAACAUUUUAAUUCAUUCAAUCAUUCUGUGAUCUCCAAUUGCAGUUCAUUUCCUCUUUUUAGUCCCUCCAAGUACAAGAUGAAAACGAAAUUACAAGUAUAAGGCAGAAUAAAAAAGGAAAAUUGCAUUCCAUAAAUUAAAAUAUAUAAAUCAUUAGAUCUUUCCUUCUUAGGAGAAGAUAUACUUUCAUAUUUGCUUUGGAAAAUAAUCUUUGUUGUUGAUGAAAUCAUUGAUGAGAUUUCUUUUUAGUACAAAUCGAAUCUGAUCCCUUUUCAUUUCUAAAUUUCAUAUCUUUUUUGCAUUUAUUCCAUUCUUCAUCUCUUGCUUAAAUUACUUUCUGGGGUCCAUCUAAGUGAGUUAUUGUUCCAUCAUUAUUGAUGUAUGAUAGGUCGAACCUCAUAGUUUGAUCUGACUGUACAAACUUCUUUCAUCUAGUCUAUAUUUCUGUUUCGACUGCAUAAAUUUGAUAUUCUGUUUAGUGGUUUCUCUUAUGUGUCUAAUCUGUUUGCUUUCACAGGUUUGAAUCUAGUAAUACACAUAUAUAUAUAUAUUUAAACUUGUAAGCUUUUGAGAUAGUAAUUGGAACUGGGAGCUUCUUGCUUGGUGGUUUUACUGACUUGUUAAAAGCCAGAAAGCUUUGAGAAAUAUGUUGUCAAAAUCAUGUGCCAACCUUUUAGAAAUGGGGGCUGACGAUCUAAUAGACUUCAGUAUGUCUAUUAAAUCACUUCCUAGAGUAAUGACAACUCCAGGAAUAAUAAAUGACACAGAUGAAGGAGCAUGCACUGAUGAAGACUCUUGUACUACCACAUCACUAUUCCGUGAUCGUAAAAUCAUAGUAGCAAACUUCCUUCCACUAAACUCUAUGAAAGAUCAAACGACUGGAGAAUGGUGCUUCACAUGGGAUGAGGAUGCACUACUGCUACAACUGAAAGAUGGAUUUUCUUAUGAUACUGAAGUCAUAUAUGUUGGAUGUUUGAAGGCUGAUAUAGAUGUCCGUGAGCAAGAAGUAGUUUCUCAAAAGCUAUUGGAAGAAUAUGGGUGCAUGCCAACCUUCCUUUCUCCUGAUCUUUAUAAGAAGUAUUACCACGGGUUCUGCAAGAAGCAAUUAUGGCCUCUUUUCCAUUAUAUGCUUCCUAUUGGUCUUCAUAAGGGUGAUCUCUUUGACCAUUCUCUUUUUCAAGCCUAUGUUUCUGCAAAUAAAAAAUUUGCAGACAAGGUUUUGGAGGUAAUUAAUUCAGAUGAUGACUAUGUGUGGAUCCAUGAUUAUCACCUCAUGCUUCUUCCAACAUUCCUAAGAAAACGACUGAAUCGAAUCAAAAUUGGUUUCUUUCUUCACAGCCCCUUUCCCUCAUCCGAAAUCUAUCGGACGUUGCCUGUCAGAGAGGAAAUACUCAAGGCAUUGCUUAAUGCCGAUUUAAUUGGCUUCCAGACAUAUGAUUAUGCACGGCACUUCCUUUCUUGUUGUAGCAGGAUGUUAGGCCUGCAUUAUGAAUCCAAACGUGGUUAUAUAGGACUCGAAUAUUAUGGACGCAUAGUGAGCAUCAAGAUUCUCUCUGUCGGUGUUCAUAUAGGCCGGCUUCAUUCUGUACUGAAUCAUCCUCAUACAAUUUCAAAGGUCCAGGAGAUUGAGAAAAAAUUCAAGGGGAAGAAGUUGCUACUCGGUGUCGAUGACAUGGAUAUAUUUAAGGGCAUUAGCCUGAAGUUGCUUGCCUUCGAGCUUUUGUUGGAGAGAAGUCCCUAUUUAAGAGGAAAUAUUAUCCUUGUGCAGAUUGUAAACCCUGCAAGAAGCACAGGAAAGGAUGUGAAGGAAGCAAGAGAAGAAGCAAUAUCAAUAGCUGAAAGGAUUAACAGUUCUUAUGGUACUCCAGGCUAUGAUCCAGUGGUACUUAUUGACAAGCCUAUCCCUUUCUAUGAAAGAAUUGCUUACUAUGUGGCAGCAGAGUGUUGCAUUGUGAAUGCUGUGAGGGAUGGCAUGAACUUGGUUUCCUAUGAGUAUGUAGUUUGCAGGCAGGGAACGGAGGAGAUGGACAAGUGUAGGGGUGUCAAUGUGGGCGGUUCACACACAAGCACACUUAUUGUAUCUGAGUUUGUUGGUUGCUCUCCAUCACUUAGUGGAGCCUUUAGGGUCAAUCCCUGGAGUGUUGAGGAUGUGGCUGAUGCUCUUCAUCAAUCAAUUAUAUUGGGAGAAUCAGAGAGACAGUUGCGUCAUGAAAAACAUUAUCGUUAUGUCAGCACCCAUCAUGUUGCUUACUGGGCUCACAGCUUUUCUCAGGAUCUGAAGAGAGCAUGCAAAGACUACUACAGUCAGAGGUGCUGGGCUCUUGGAUUUGGCCUAAAUUUCCGUGUACUUUUCCUUUCACCUAAUUUUAGGAAAUUGACAUUCAAUCAUAUUGUAUCAUCCUACAAGAAUACCUACAGAAGAGCUAUAUUUUUGGACUAUGAUGGCACCAUUAUGCCUGAAUCAUCUGUCAACAAAACUCCAAGCCAAGAAACCAUAUCUAUCCUGAAUGGCCUGUGCAGCGAUCCAAAUAACACUGUGUUUAUUGUCAGUGGCAGAGGCAGGGAUUCUCUUAGUGAGUGGUUUUCCUCAUGUGAAAACCUUGGAAUUGCUGCUGAACAUGGCUAUUUCAUCAGGUGGAGAAAGGAUGUUGAGUGGGAGUCCAAUUCAGUUGUUGCUGAUUCUGAUUGGAUGAAGAUAGCGAAACCAGUUAUACAAUUAUAUACUGAUACCACAGAUGGUUCAUUUGUAGAAGUAAAGGAGAGUGCAAUUGUAUGGCAUCAUCAAUAUGCAGAUCAUGACUUUGGUCCCUGCCAAGCUAAAGAACUACUGGAUCAUCUUGAGAGUGUUCUGGCAAACGAGCCAGUGGUUGUUAAGCGGGGUCAACAUAUUGUUGAAGUAAAACCUCAGGGAGUUAGUAAAGGGCUGGUGGUGGAGAAGCUUCUUGGGACUCUGAGCAACUGUGGGAAGCCACCGGACUUUGUGAUGUGCAUUGGUGAUGACCGAUCUGAUGAGGACAUGUUUGAGAGCAUCAACAACACCGCUUCAAGCAAUCUAUUUCCGUCAGUUCCCGAAGUCUUUGCAUGUACAGUUGGUCAAAAGCCAAGCAAGGCCAAAUACUACGUUGAAGAUACCAGUGAAGUUGUAAGGUUAUUACGAGGUAUCACUGCUGUCUCAACUCAGAAUCAAAAGUUCACACACUAUCAGGUUUCAUUUGAAAGUUCGAGUUGAGGUCGAUUUUUGACUGUCUUUUUUGUUCAUAUGCUAGUCAUAGCACCUGUACAUCCUAAUGAGCUCUACAUGUUGAGUUCAAUCUGUUUUAGCAUACAUGUGAAUUCAUGCCUUCUUCAGCCUUCAUUUGUUCUUCCAAUCAUCCAGCAAGCUUUAUAGCAUCAGAAACAGUAAAUUUCUAAGUGGAAGGAGAUGCACCAAAGGCGAUUUUGUUACAAGUUUGCAAAAUAUUGUCUUAUUCGUUGAAGUUUUGGAUGUUCUUGCCAUUGUUUUGUACAGAUUAUGGCAUGUUCUGACAUUGGUUUGUUGGAGUACAUAGACAUUGUGGUUUGAAUGAGAUAUGAUUCUCGCACUUGUUUCA